AGAGAGCAAUACAAUCAAGAGCUAGUAUGUCACCACGGCCUGUGGGUGAACUUUAUCCACCAACAGCCUUACCAAAGAAUCCUUCUGAAAAACCCACCUUAUUGUGUAUCCCAACCGCGCCAGCACCCGCAAUGUACUGGUCACGGCCAAUUACCUAUGGUACACCCCCUAAGCCGGUCCGUGGCCACGCAAGUGUAGUUGUAGACGGUAUAAUGUACGUCUUUGGCGGAUCAGACAGCCGUGGAUGUAUGCAAAACGUUUACAUGCUGGAAUUAGAUACCUUUACUUGGACAAAGCCAAUCGUGCACGGAGACAGACCUCCUCCCUGCAGAGCCCAUUUUGCUGCAGUUGAUGAAGAAGAAAAGAAGAUCUAUAUGUUUGGAGGUGGCGAUGGACCAACCUAUUACAAUCACCUCUAUGUAUUUGAUACAUUAUCCAUGUUGUGGACACAGCCGGAAGUAAAAGGACCGAUACCUUCACCACGCCGAGCGCACACGACAGUGAUAUGGAACAAGACAUUUUAUUUGUUUGGCGGAGGAGACAGUGAUCGUGCUCUGAAUGAUGUUCAUGCCCUAGACCUGAACACCUUCACCUGGGCUACAAUAGAAACCACGGGUCCAAAACCCAUCGCAAAAGGCUACCAAACCGGAACCCUGGUGGGGAACAUACUUGUGGUCUAUGGUGGUAGUGAUGGGCAUGCGUGUUACGGAGAUAUCCACCUCCUUAAUCUAGAAACCAUGGAGUGGAACGAUGUCAAAAUGAGUCAUAAUCCCAAGAGACUGUCCCAUGCAACAGUGUGUAUAGGAUCCUUUUUGUUUAUCAUGGCAGGACACGAUGGGCAUUAUUAUUCCAAUGAUCUUUUAUUACUCAAUCUAAUUUCAAUGCACUGGGAAGUUCGCAAGGUCUAUGGACAGACACCUUCCCCACGUGGCUACCAUACCAUGGUGUUUUACGAUAGCAGGCUAUUCGUAUUCGGGGGGUUCGAUGGGAAAACGUUUUACAAUGACUUACACGUGCUUGAUCUAAGCUCCUGGGCUUAUCUCCCACAGAUCACAAAUUUUUCAAUUGACAUGUCUGAUUAAAGAAGUUUUUUUUUUUUUUGGAAUACUUGACCAAAAAAAAAAAAACAAAAAUGUGAAAUAUUGAUAGGACAUUUUACAUUUCUAUUUUUCUUU